AUGAUGACGAUGGUCAGGAUCCCGGCCGCGAUGCCCGUCGCCCCGGGCCAGUCGUCUCCGUCUCAUUAUCCGGCACUCACGCCUCCUCCGGCGUCCGCCUUCGAGCCGGUUCCGCCGACGCUCGAUGCGGCUCUUGCCACUGGUCCGGCGGGCUCGCACGACGUACUCCGCUUCGCUCGUCUGAGCCUGCUGCACUCGCUCCCGAGUAUCGGCCUCGCCUGGUCCCUCUGGUGCGGGCACUGCGGUGCACUGCGCGAGGUCGGCGAGGAUCCCGAGCAAGUUGCUCGUGCGAACCGCAAGCGCGAUGCUGAGGGUCUCCUCAAGGCUGAGGCCGAGGACGAGCUCGAAGCCGAGCUGAACGCGCACUUUGCCGCGCUCGAACGGCAGGAGGAGGAAGAAAAGGCGCGCCCAGCGCGCCCUCCCCAGCGCCGCCGCCGGGCACCGCAUUGCGCUGCGUGCGGAACCAAGUUCCAGCGGCCGCAGCCUACCCCACCGCCGUACCCUUCGGCUAGAGCGGCGCGUACGCGCCGCCAGAGUGCGCUCGCGGCGGAUGCGCAGGCACAGGCCAAGGAGGCGGAGAAGUCGAUGUCGCCAGCCGGCACCCUCGACCCAGCACAGCUCCUCGGUCAGCCCUCGCAGAAGCCUGCUCCGGGAAUCAAGAACGUCGCUGCAGGCAGUCCCGUCUCGGCAUACCCUCAGCCGAAGAGCGCUCCGCCUCCACAGCCGAACGGCGGUAUCACGACGACGCUUCCCACGUCGCCGCCGCCGGCGAAGAAGCGCAAGACCAAGAAGUCUGGGCUCAAGCAGCUCCUCGCGCAAAACGCCGCUCGCCAGGCCGAGAACGGCUCGGGCAACUGGGGCCUGGGCUAG